AGUAUUACCACACAAACAGAAUGAGAGAAGCUAGUUUCAAGGAGAUGUGUCGCAACACUCGCAACUGAGCCGUGAUCCGAUGCCUCGCCGGGCCGUCCUGCGAGCAUGCGCGUCACUUCAUCCGUCGCCCGUCACCGUGUACAACACAGUGUGAGUGUACACUACAAUACACUGCACGGACAUGUCCGACACGGAGGCGGUGUCCGUCACCAGGCUCAUCACACUGGUCAAGGAACGUCCGGUGCUGUGGGACCGCCAGGAAGAAGUUUACAAGAACCGGAAGUUGACUAGGAAGGCCUGGGCGGAAAUUUGCGAAGCUCUCAUCGACAACUACCACGACCUCGGAGAACCGGAGAGAAUAGCGAUUGGAAGGAGUAUCAUCGGGAAAUGGGCCAAUUUGAGGGACAAUUGGCUCCGAUAUUGGCGGAAGAGGCAAGAGCUGCUUCGAGUAGGCUCCUCUACAAAAUCCCUAAAGAAGUACAUUCACCACGACCAGUUGUUGUUCCUUUCCAAAGUAUAUGACCCAGAAGGCCAGCAAGAAGUUGAGGAGAUUCAAGUGGAUGUGGAUGUAAUUUCUGAUCAAGAGUUUGAGUCGCCGGUGGAAUUUGAUGAGACUUCCCAAACCUCUUGGGCUAACCUUCAACAUACACAGUUUCCGUCUUUUUCCACUCAACACGACCAAUCCGAGCGCCACCUGUACUUCUUUCAUAGUAUUUUGCCAAUGAUUUGUGAUUUUGAUGAUGAUCAAGUCCUUGAAUUUCACACAGGUGUUCUUGAAUGGGUCAAAAGAGUUAAACGAAGAGAGCUGAGUAACUUGCAGGACUGCAGUUUUAUUAAUCACGCAGCACAGGAGUCCAAGAUCAGCACAAGCUUCAAGUGUGAAGCGUCAACUCAAAGUAUUUGCUUCUGUAACUCCAGUCACCAAUUAUGCAAAAAAGAACCAAAGAGUGAUUUGUCUUUACCUAAUACUAAAAGUCCAAGCCCAGAAUCAACAAGCACCUUAAGCUUAUCAGAAGCAUCCAGAGACUUCUCAGCUAGUGAGGUGACACAAACAAUAUCAUGUGAUAGAUCAGAGUUUAUGAGUUUAAAAGAAACCAUUAAGAAUUUAGAGAACAUAACAAACUCCUUAGAGACCAAAUUGUGCGCUAAGCAGACUGGUUCAGGACAUUUUGAAACGUUGCUGGCUCAACUAUCCCCAAAAAAAAUCCAGUCCCUAAAGAGGAAAUUUGUAAAAGAAGUGGUUAAAGAAGGUUACAAAAACAUGAAGGUAGAGUCUACGAGGCAUAUUAAUGGCGAUGGAACAGACGAGUUGAAUCCUGAGUCGUCUAAAAACACAGAAAGAUCUGACAAGUAUAAUAAUAAUGUUGAACUUAGUCCUCUUGAAGAACCAUCUAUUCUAAGGACAUCAUUACAAAAGUUACCAUUGGUUCAUAGCUAAUGUUACCAUUCCUUAUUCCUAGUUAGUAUAAUAGGCUAAAUAUUUAAUCUCUCUACUCUCAGCAUAAUAUUAAGAAUCUCUAGUACUGUACUAAUAAGUUAGCGCUUCAAAAACUCUUCAAUUAAAACGUAUAUGUAUAAAUUGAAGCACAAUCAAAUCAUAAUUAUAUUUUCAUCAAAUAUAUUCAUGACUAACUGAAUCUGACCAAAACUUUUGAAACAAAAUACUGUGUAAACUAUUAAUUUUCUAACUAUUCCCUUGGCUGCAACAAUGUGUAACUGCUUUUGCUGGGAAAUCUUUUCAAUUGUUUACAACACUGAUAAAUUUAUAAAACUACAAGUAUGAGAUUAGUGUUAACCUUACCCAGUGUAUAAAUGAUUGUGUAUAUUUUUGUUACAAUAAACCAACAACUUUAUUA